GGGGGUGGGGGUGUCGGGAAGCGGCGAGGUACCGGCGGUGCCCCGGGAGACGGAGGUCAGAGCGCGGCGGAUCGCGGAAAGGCCCCGGUGUGGGGGGAGCCGCUCCGCCCGCACCCACCCGCCUCCCCGGCGCCUGCACCGGGAGCGCUGGCGCAGGCUGGGCCGAUCUGGCUUAGGGACGGCACCCAGCGCUCGUGUGUCCAGCAGGAGCUGGGGGGGCUUUGGGGCAUCGCUUCUAGGGGGGAGGGCCCCCCUUUCCCACCCCCGGGGCUUGCUGCUGGUGCCCGCUGUUGCCGCAUCUUCCCCUGGCCGGUGUCAGCCGCUCAGCCCCUUGCGUAAGGCGCCUUUCGGCCGGUGGAGAUUAAACCCGAGGUUAACUGGGAGGAUUUUGCAGUGCUGUGCGCUAUGGCAGGUUUGGGAAGGGGGACUUCUCCUGACUUUGCGUCAGGGUGAGCUGGAAGUAACCGGCAAAAACGUGUGUGGGAAACAACAGUGUUAUUUUAACCUUUAGAACUGCUGCCCGGGUGUUGGCAGUGUUUGUGUACCCAUCAGGCUGAGCAUUGAAACCGAUGACAGCGUGAUUUAUUUCCUUGUGCUUGCUUUAUGUCUCCUGCCUCCAUUUUCUGAGUUUUUUUUUUUUUUUCCUGCUUGAUGUCCUUGGAGGUUGCUGCUUGCAAAGCUGGUUCCUGCAAAGCCUGAUGAAGGGACUGAUAGCGGACUGCUUCAGGGUGCAUGGCACACCAGUCUGACCUGAGACGUCCUGACGUGAGCCUGGGCAUCAGAGAAGGGAGAACGUGGGUCAUGAAUGGGAGAUAAAAGCUGCUGGAAAAGCCACUGUGGCAGCUACUUCAGGUGGUGGUACAAGAAGACCCGCAUAGAGAAGAAAUCUGCCUUCAUUGACCUCUUGUGUGCCGUUCCUCUGCAGCAGAUCUAUGGGUGCCCACUGGGCGGGAUCGGGGGAGGCACCAUCACCCGAGGCUGGCGGGGAGAGUUCUGCCGCUGGCAGCUGAACCCUGGCAUUUAUCACUACGAAACAGUCAUCGCCGACCAGUUCACAGUGUGCCUGCGUUGCAAAGGGCAGACAGUUUACCAGCAGGUCCUGUCUGUGGAGAGACCCAGUACUCUGCAGGGCUGGAACUGGGGCUACUGUGGCCACUAUGCCUUCUACCAUGCCCUAUAUCCCCGUGCCUGGAUGGUCUAUGAGCUGCCGGGGCAAAACGUGGUGCUCACUUGCCGUCAGGUCUCUCCUGUCAUCCCCCAUGACUAUGAGGACUCCAGCCUGCCAGUGGGAGUAUUCAUCUGGGAGGUGGAGAAUGAGAGGGAUGAGGACGUGGAUGUCUCCAUCAUGUUCAGCCUGCAGAAUGGCACAGGAACAAAGGAGGACAGGAGUGGGGGGCACUGGAAUGAGCCCUUCACCUUUGAGAAGGAGGGUGAGCGGGUUGCUGGAGUCCUGCUGCACCACUGCACACGUGUGAACCCCUUCACCCUCGCCAUCUCUGCCCGGGAGAAGGCUGGCACAGGAGUCACCCACCUCACGGCAUUCAAUCCCAUGGGAUUGGGUAGAGAGGUGUGGCAGGACCUUCUGCAGGACGGCAAGCUGGAUUCCCCCGCCGGUAAAAGCAGCCUGACGGAGAAGGGGGAGGUGACGGCAGCAGCAGUGUGUGCCAGCUGCAGGGUGCCCGCCCGGGGGCACAGGACGCUGGAGCUGGCCCUGGCUUGGGACAUGCCCUGUGUUCACUUUGGCUCCAAGGAGAAGCUGCACCUCCGGCGGUACACCCGUUUUUUUGGCAGCGGAGGCGAUGCUGGUCCUGCCCUGUCGCAUCAUGCCCUGACGCACUAUGAGGAGUGGGAGAGGAAGAUUGAAGCGUGGCAGAAGCCCAUCCUGGAGAACAGCCAGCUGCCUUCAUGGUACAAGUCAGCCCUCUUCAAUGAGCUGUACUUCAUGACGGAUGGGGGAACCAUCUGGGUGGAGCUGCCCCCGGACUGCCGUGCUGAGGACCUGCGGGGGCCGGCGGGGGCUGGCCUCUCCCACCUCCUCCCUGUCCUGCGGGAGUACGGAAGGUUUGCUUAUUUGGAAGGCCAGGAGUACCGGAUGUACAACACCUACGAUGUCCACUUCUACGCCUCCUUUGCUCUCGUCAUGCUGUGGCCCAAGCUGCAGAUCAGCCUGCAGUAUGACAUUGCUGUCACAGUGGUGAAUGAGGACGUCCAGCCCCGGCAGUACCUGAUGUGUGGUCAGACAGCCCAGGUGAAGCUGAAGAACGUGGUGCCACACGACAUUGGGGACCCAGGUGACGAGCCGUGGCAGCGUGUCAAUGCCUACCUGAUGCACGACACUGCCGACUGGAAGGACCUCAACCUGAAAUUUGUGCUGCAGGUGUACCGUGACUACUACCUGACACAUGACUCCCUGUACUUGCGGGACAUGUGGCCAGUCUGCCAGGCUGUGAUGGAGUCAGAGCUGAAGUUUGACACGGAUAACGACGGGCUUAUCGAAAACGGUGGCUUUGCUGACCAGACGUAUGAUGCGUGGGUGGUAAAUGGAGCCAGUGCCUACUGCGGUGGGCUGUGGCUGGCAGCUGUCUGCAUGAUGUGCAAGAUGGCAGAGGUGCUCGGGGACGCAGAGACUCAGCAGAAAUACACGGACAUCCUGAGCAAGGGCAAGGAGGCAUUUGAGAGGAUGCUCUGGAACGGAAAAUACUACAACUACGACAGCAGUGGGACUGAAACCUCCAGCAGCAUCAUGUCAGACCAGUGUGCCGGGCAGUGGUUUCUUGGGGCUUGUGGCCUGGAUCAAGGGGAGUUUGAGGUCUUCCGCAAGAGUCACGUUGUCAGUGCGCUCAAGACCAUCUUUGAGAAAAACGUCAUGGGCUUUGCUGGCGGCACCAUGGGAGCGGUGAACGGCAUGAGACCUGACGGGGUGCCCGACACCUCCAGUGUGCAGUCCAACGAGGUGUGGAUUGGGGUGGUCUACGCCUUGGCUGCCACCAUGAUCCAGGAGGGGCUGGUGGAGGAAGGCUUCCGUACGGCGGAGGGCUGCUACCGGACGGUUUGGGAGCAGCUGGGCAUGGCUUUCCAGACACCGGAGGCCUAUCGGGAGAAGAAGGUCUAUCGCUCGCUGGCUUACAUGCGGCCCCUUAGCAUCUGGAGCAUGCAGCUGGCCCUGGAGCGAGGAGCUGGCCGGGCACCAGCACCACCUCCCCAGGUCCCCAUCCACCCUUGAGCCUGGUGGCACUGAGCAGGGCAGUGGGUGCGCUGGGGGCUGGGGGACCUCAGCUGGUGGGCAGGGACCCUUCCCUACCCCUCUUUGAUAAUAUUCACAUUGCUGUUUUCCUUCCCUACCUCCACUACAUGCCUUCCACCUCAGGGGGCUUCCAGCCACCGACACUGAGCAUGAGGGGGGACGAGAGGUGCAGGUGAUGUCUCCUCAGAGAGGAGAGGGGUGGGAUAAGGAGGUGCUGCUGGAGCCUGUGCCUCCCCUUCUCCAUCACUCAGGGCUUUGACAGCCUGCAGGACCCCCAGCCAUCGUCCACCGGAGCUGGUACCUUACCCAGGAGCACAGGAGACCUCUCUCCUUCAGUCAGUGGUCUGGGUAAGGUGGGAGCUGGUCUGCAGGGCAAAAAAAAAAAAAAAAAAAAAAAAAACAAAAAACCCACAACUGUGCGAGUGUGUGUGUGAGGACAUUGGACUGGUGCACGCAGGCACGUGGAUGCUGUAGUUGUCCCUCCGUUGUGUGACACUGCAAACAGAGACUGACUCUACCCCAAAGCACCAGCCCCAGGAGAGCCUGUGGCAGAUACAAUCCCCAGGGGAGUCUUGGCUUCCUGGAUGGUGACAAUCGGAGCCCAAGCAGCAGGUCCUGGUCUGGUACCAUGGCACCCCUCCCUGCUGGCGCCGGGGGCGGGCAGUGGAGCAUGGUUUAGAGGAUGAAUCAUUUUAAGAUCUUAAUAAAUUUGUCCAGCUGUCUAUC